UCAGUUUCGUUUCCAGCUGGCGUCUCUACCCGGCGGGAGCCGCCCGCACCCCUCCAGUCCCCGGCCCGACAGCCAUGGCGCCCGCCGCCCUCCUCCGCGAGGUGACCCAGGUGCUGUGCGCGGCCGGGGGCUCCAUGGAGCUGGAGGAGCUGCGGCGCCGCUUGCGGAGGGAAGUCGUCGCCGAGGUGCUGGAUCGGCUGCUGAGGGAGCGCGGGCGCUUUGUGGUGGCGCGGCGGGCGGCCGAGGCCGGCGCGGCGGCCGUCGAGCGCGUGGUGCUGGCCGUCUCGCCGCUGCGCCUUUGCAGCGCCCAUCAGGGCCCGAAGCCGGGUUGCGUGGGGCUUUGCGCGCAGCUGCAUCUGUGCAAGUUCGUCUUCUACGGCAAGUGCAAGUUCCUGAGGGACGGGAAGGACUGUAGGAAUGGUCACAACUUGAUGUCCAGUCACAACAUGAGCGUGCUGAAAACUCAUGGUGUGGACCACCUCAGCUUCAGAGAGCUCUCUGUGCUCUUAUUUCAGAACGACCCCUUGCUCUUGCCGGAGAUCUGCCUUCAUUACAACAAAGGAGACGGACCCUACGGCUCUUGUUCCUUUAGAAAGCAAUGUAUCAAACUCCACGUCUGCCAGUAUUUUUCACAGGGUGAUUGCAAGUUUGGCACUGGCUGUAAGAGAUGCCAUGAUUUCUCUCAUUCUGAGAAUCUGGAAAAACUGGAGAAACUGGGCAUGAGGUCAGAGCUGGUGAGCCGGCUGCCUUCCAUUUACAGAAAUGCUCAUGACAUCAAGAAUAAGGGCUCUGCCUCCAUCAGAGUACCACCUCCUCCCUCUAGACCACAGGGGACUGCCGAAAGAAGAGACACAGGUUCUGUGUCCCCAAACGCUACUAAUCAAGAGGAGAGUGAUCAGAUCUGCUUGUACCAUAUCUGGAAAAGCUGUAGCUUUCAAGAUAAGUGCAGUAGAGUCCAUUUCCAUUUGCCAUAUCGAUGGCAAGUCUUGGAUGGAGGCAAAUGGAAGGAUUUGCACAAAAUGGAGCUCAUUGAAGAGGCAUAUAGUGAUCCCAGAAGAGACGGGGUCACAUGCACUGAGUCAGCCAGCAGCUUUCUCAUUGGUUUUCUGAACUUUGACUCCAUGACAUUCGGUGCCACCCGGGCUCGCCGCCUUUCCACAGCCUCCUCAGUCACCAAACCUCCACAUUUUAUCCUCACCACUGACUGGGUUUGGUACUGGACCGAUGAGUUUGGUUCUUGGCAGGAAUAUGGAAGACAAUGUCUGGCUGUCCCUCCACAGGACAUGGAGCACCCCACGACCAGCGUCAGCAGCAGCGAUUUGGAGAAGGCCUACCUGGCGUACUGUACCCCGGGGGCUGCUGCCCAGGCAGCCACUAUGAUGUUCCAGGCCGGGAAGCACACAUACGAGUUAGACUUCAAAGCCUUCAUUCAGAAAAACCUGGUCUAUGGCACAGUCCGAAAAGUUUGCCGGAGACCCAAAUAUGUGUCUCCCCAGGAUGUGAAGAUAAAGCAAACGUGCGGCGUCAAUUUUCAAGGCCCAAAGAACAUUCCUGACCAUUGGGACCGCUCAGCCCUGCUGGACACUGGCUUUAAGAGGAUCACCCUCCAUUCUUCCUCGGAAGAGUUUAAGAAGGUCUGGGGCCUCUUUACCCGAACAAUGUCUUUCUGCUGCGUUCAGAGGAUUGAGCGGGUCCAGAACGUGGCCCUCUGGGAAGUCUACCAGUGGCAAAAGGGGCAGAUGCAGAAGAGAAACGGAGGGAAGGCGGUGGAUGAGAGGCAGCUCUUCCAUGGCACCAGCACCAGUUACGUUGAUGCCAUCUGCCAGCAGAACUUUGACUGGCGGGUCAGCGGUCUGCACGGUACUUCCUACGGCAAGGGAAGCUACUUUGCCCGGGACGCCGCGUAUUCCCACCACUACAGCAAAUCCAACACGACUUCCCACACCAUGUUCCUGGCCCGGGUGCUGGUGGGCGAGUUCGUCCGAGGCAACCCCUCCUUUGUCCGCCCCCCGGCCAAGGAGGGCCAGGGCAACAUCUUGUACGACAGCUGCGUGAACAGCAUGUCCGACCCCUCUAUCUUCGUGGUCUUUGAGAAGCACCAGGUCUACCCGGAGUACGUCAUCCAGUACACUGCCUCCACCAAGCCCGUGGCCUCGGCCUCCAGCCUCCUCUCCUUCGCGUCUUUCUUCGGCGGCCGGCAGUGAGCACCCCGCUGUUUUAUGCCUGUCAGGCUUAUCUUACUUGAAAUGACCAUUUGGGAGAGUUGGGGGUUUUGUUCUUUUAAUUUUUUUGGUUUUUUUAAGGAAAAAACUUUUAAUGAACUGUUCCUUUAAUAUUGACUUCUUGAUGAAGUUACAUUAUUAAUCUCCGGUUGAUAAUGUUUGCACUUUUAAGUCACUUUUGGGCUCGCUGGUGGGUUCACUGGUAGUGAUUGUAGGCGAACCCAUUAUUGCUUUUUACUGGGGUGUUAAAAUUUUAUUUUUUACUCUCUGUUGACUUUGCUGCAGAGUGGCAUCAGCCACCGAGUUUCCAGAUGCUGUUUGAUGGAUUGGUUUUAGAUUUCGAGACUUUGUCUCUUCAGUGAUUCGGCUUUUCAGGGUCUUGUUUUAGUUUUGUCAGGAUGACACAGCAGCCACUGGUGCAGGAAGUCCUGUGUUGUGGGCCUGGGGGGGCACAGCCGUCAUGUCUGUUGCUGUUUCUCCAGCCUAGGCAGCUCUCCCACUUCUCCUGGGCUUCUGGCCUUGGAGUUGCCCAUAUGUCAUGUCGUUAGAACAAGUGGCUACUGUGUGGUGUCACUGAGUCCCUGUCGGUUUCCCUCAGUCCUGGCAGGGGUCAGCCUCACUCAGGAAGCACAUUCCCCCAGCAGGUGACAUGGAUGAGUGGCUCCCUUCCCCCUGCACACCCGGGCUAAGCCCUUGAAUGCCUGUCCCUUCAUCUGUACUGAACACCCCCUGACUUAGGGCUUUAUGUCCCAUGAGAUCUUAAUACCUGUGCUGCAAAUGUCACAACAGAGUAUGGGAAUAAAAGAGUAUUUAUCUGA